ACAGGAUUUCUGGUCCCGGACUCUGGGAUCUCCGGGAUGGAGCGCGGGGACGAGCCGUGUGUCCGGGAUCUCCAGGGUGCUGAGGAAAGGGAGCCCCUGGCCAUCACUUGCACAGCAUAUGCAGGAGCGGAGGAGAAUCCCCAGCAGGAAGAGUGUGUGGGAGCAGACCCACACGGGAUGCCUCAGAGCCCCGAGCAGAGAGAUGCUGGCCAGCCAGGAUGGCAGCAGGGAGACCCCGUGGGGGAGAGACCUGAUGAGUGUGAAGCGUAUGGGAUCCCUGAAAACGUCAUUAUUCUGGAAACCACCUACAUGGGAGAGAGACCCUAUAAAUGCCUUGUCUGUGGGAAAUCCUUCUGCCAGAGCUCCCACCUUGCCCAGCAUCAGCGGAUCCACACGGGGGAGCGACCCUACAACUGCCCCGACUGCGGGAAGAGCUUCAGCCAGAGCUCCCACCUCGCCCAGCACCAGCGCAUCCACACCGGGGAGCGGCCCUACCAGUGCGUUGAAUGCGGGAAGAGCUUCAAUCGCAGCCACACGCUGGCCAAGCAUGUCCGCACCCACAUGGGCUCGCAGCCCUACAUCUGCCCUGAGUGCGGGAAGAGCUUCAGCCUCAGCUCCUUCCCUCAGCACCUGCGAUCCCACUUGCCAGGGAAGCUCUACACCUGCUCCGAUUGUGGGAAGGGCUUCAGCAGCAGCUCCAACCUGGCCCAGCACCAGCGCACCCACACGGGCGAGCGGCCCUACAAAUGCUCAGACUGCGGGAAAGGCUUCAGCCAGAGCUCCAACCUGGUGAAGCACCAGCGCACCCACACGGGGGAGAAGCCCUACAAGUGCACCGAGUGCGGGAAGUGCUUCACCCAGAGCUCCACCCUCAUCCAGCACAGGCGGAUCCAUCGGGGCGAGCGCCCCUACAAGUGUCCCGAGUGUGGGAAGAGCUUCGGCCUCAACUCGUCGCUGGGGAAGCACCUGCGCAUCCACACCGGGGAGAGGCCCUACAAGUGCACGGAGUGUGGGAAGAGCUUCAACCUGAGCGCCAACCUCAUCCAGCACCAGAGGAUCCAUCGUGGAGAGCGGCCCUACAAAUGUCCUGAGUGUGGGAAGUGCUUCAAUCUGAAGUCAACCCUGGUCAAACACCUGCGCACUCACACAGGAGAGAGACCCUAUAAAUGCACCCAGUGUGGGAGGAGUUUCAUCGACAGCUCCAAGCUCAGCAAACAUGCCAGGAUCCACGUGGCAGAAAAGUCUCCCCAGGAAGUGCAUAGUUUCCCGCUCCCGCUUACUCCUGGAAUGCAUGGGCUACUUGAACAGCUGGAAGAUCAGAAGAACUCCCAGGUAAACAAAGUGUCUGUGACUCUAAUUAGGCAGCACUCACACACGCAGUGCACGGGCACUGUCUGAGGUGAAGUGUGACCAACCAGAUGUGGCGAAGUCAUCUCUAGUUGCAGGCCAUGAGGAGCAGGUCCUUAAAAGGGGAAGGGACCAUUUGUUCAGGAGUGUACUCACAAGCUUCUACCUCCAAUGAAGACCCUUCUUUCUCCUGGACUGCCUCGCCAGUGGUUUGCCAUGUUGCAUUCCAACAUGUCUUGAGAAGACUCACCUUCAUUGCACAUCCAUUGCUGCACUGUGGGACACUUACCUUGAAGGAUCCUGACAUCUCCAGUGCCGUGCCUGUCCUGGGACGUGAGUAUGCAAGUGUGAGUGUGACCCCCUCACCUUCUUUUGAGCUUAGCUAUCAGUACAAUAAACGUGCUGCUUUCUGCCAAACUCUGGUGGGUCAUUAGUCCUCCCUAAGCUUACUAGCUGGCCCAAUUUCGGGUAACAAUUACAAUUAGAUGUUCUGAACAUCUGGAGAGGG